GCUAAGCGUUGGAAAAAAAGAUUUUAUUUUGGAAUUUGGAUAACUUCGUUCUUCGAUUUUCUGAAUACUAAGUUCAUUAUUAGUUUUAUUUUUGUUCGUUAGCAAAGGAUUCGAUUUCGAAAGAAGUAAUAAUGUGAUGUGGUUUGAUAUGUUCAUCUGAAUUUCGUGAUUGGAUUAUUACUACGAAGAAUUUGUAAAUAAUGCAACGAAAACCUGGUUUCCCCGCGGUAAACUGCAAUAUAAAAGUGCCCGACAGUUCCAUCACUACAGAAUCGGUAGCGGAUGAUGAGUGGGAGCCCCAGCACAGAAGACAGCAACUCAUCAACUUUGGUCACACUCAAUGGGGCUUUAACAACUGGAACUGGGCUGUCACUAAACAGGACCUAGAUUUUGUAGAGUUGGUGAAUGGCAAGUACACAGCUGGUGUUGCCGCAUUUGUGUCAGUCUCCGUAAAAAACUUAGACAUCCAUCGGGAGAAUGUGGGCUAUGCUACCUCAGUGGGAGUCACCAAGGGCUCGGCAAUACACAGAGCUAGGAAGUGUGCGGUGACUAACGCGUUGCGAGAAACAUUGCUAAGUUUUGGCGGCAAUGUGGCCACGGAACUGUUGGAGCUCGUCGAAACAAAGCCUGAAGUUCCGACGCCCGCGCCAGUCGAAUAUCAAGAAAACAACCAAAAUGUAGCCAACAGACAGCCUGAAAUCAAAAACUCCCCAAGAAAGGACGAUGUUCCGUCCAAUGUGAAUGUGCCACACAGGGUGAUGCCUACCGCUCCACUGUUGAAGAAUGCUACACCGAAUCCCCCGAUCGCGACAGCACACCCGAUGCCAGCUAACUUGCCUCCCGCAGCCAACCGGCCGCCACUCGCAGCCAACGUGCAGCGUCCUCCCCAGCAAGCCAUCAGACCAAACUCCAACGUAAGUUUCGUUGUCCCUGUAAUGGGAGGCAUGGUCCCACAACUCUACGCCCCUCCCCAACGCCUAGCCCCCCCACAAGUGUACCCAAACUACUAUGAGUAUUCGGGCCCAUGGCACUUCACAUACGAGACCUACGACCGACAUCAUGGUAACGUAAAUUUAAACUUCAACAUUCCGCCCAAAAACUUGGUUGUUAAUAACCGAACUGGGGCUAUGGAAUGUAAGAACGCUUGUCGACAGAACCCUGGGCCUGAAGAAUACCAAGGGCAGAACCAGGGAUGCUGGAUUAAGCCAACUAUAUUUUAUGACGGUUUCUGGACGGAGCAAAAGGUGAAGAAAUGGGUUGCUGAGCAAGUCGAGAAGCAGUUCCCUGAGGACUCGACCAAUAAGCCAGUAUCUCCCAAAGCUCCGGACCACCCUUACAACAAACCUUAAGUCCAUGUUACCUUUCGUCACCCAUAGGGAGUAGGUAAACUGCCUCGACUGUUAAAGUUUCUGAUGCCGGGUGAGUAAUAUCCAGGAACCCUUUUAUCUCAAUGAUAACUCUUCUGAAUUGUUAGUUGUAAGUUAAUAGUCAUCAUUAUACAAGUAUGUAAUAGCGCUUCAGUAGGAGUAUACAAAUGGAAUUGUAUUGGAUGUGUUAAUCGGCCGAAUUAUUCUAUGAUAUAGUUUUGCUUUAUAAGUUUAUUAAGUUUAUAUUGUCAGUAAAUACUGGAGGUUCCAUUUCCUGUUUCUGUUUUUUUAUAUUUAAAUGACAGCACAUUGUGUUUGACAAUGACAUAAGACUGUCUUAUAAUAGCCAGUUUGAAUAAAUUACAUUAAAUAUUAAAAUGCGUGAAAAGUGGGGAUGAAUAUUUAUAAUUAUAUAAAUUACAUUUUUUUAUAGGCAUUUUGUUUUUUCUAUAAAGUAAUCUAUUUAAAUCCGUUAUGUUCUUAUUAGUUAGUCAUAUCUCUAUAAGGCCGGACUGGUAUUUAUAAAAAAAAAAUACCCAGUACAGAAUUUUUAAUUAGGCGCGCGUGUUAAAUGUGUUUGGCCAAUAAAAUAAAAGAAACAAGAAUAAUAAUAAUUUAUUUUGAGGGAAAUGUAGAGUUGUAGCUAUGUUGCCAUAACAAAGUAUUUUCCAUGCAAACACCAAUAUUGGUAAAUAUAAAUCUUCAAAAAUCCUGAAUGGUAUAUUGAUGUUUAGACCCAAUUUAUAUACUUAGUAUCAAUAAUUUUACUGAGUAUUUAUGUGUCUAUAUUGUAGUGAAUACAUAAUUAUCACAAUACACAAUUCGAGUAAGAAUUACUAUUAAAAAAGUUAAUCUCACUACACGUGCAUACGUGAAUAUAGAAUUAGGUAUGAGUAGAUGGAGUUUAUGUCCUUAUUGACAUUUAGAUUAUAAUCUAAUCGUUAUUAGGCUUGUUCUACAAGAUGGAACUAUUUUGAAUUGUUGAAAGUUGCUCAACUGAUAGUGAGGGUAGUUUUAUAUCUCGCCUUUUGUGUUUGCAUUUGAAGUAAAUAGGUCAAUCAAAAUACAAAAAAAUACUUUUAUUCUCAAUAAAUUCACAGGAAGAAUUUAUAAGGUGGAGAGAAACUUUCUAAGAUAUUUAUCUGUAAAGAUUGGAGUUAAAACAAUACAUUAUUGUAUAUUUGCCUACAUAUCUGUGCAUAAAAGAGACAACAAUAAUCUUGACCUUUGAUUCAGAAGUAUGAAUCUAAGUUACAGUUCCGAAAGGGCGUUUUUGCCAGGAUUAUCGUAACAAAGCAAAUUAAAUCUAAAACGGUAAAAACUGUAAGUAGAAGUAUAUCCUUAAUAGAAGAUGGGAUAGAUGUGCAAUGCUUUGAGAUUAUUGAAGGUAUCGUACUUAAUUUAUACUAACCACGGGGCAUGCCUGUAUCUCAUUAGUUUUUUGAAAUUCUAUAAGCUAUUGAUGGCCUCUCUGGUAUUGUUAGUGCUAAAUUAUUGGGUGUCAAUUAUAGAAUAUAAUACAUCUUAAAUGUUAAUUGGUUCUAUUAGGCUCGUUUUUAGAAAUCUACGUUUUACAGAUUUUGAUUAGGCAAUACUCCGUCUACAUGUUAUUUACCUUCUUUGUUUAUAUCUUUGGUAUUAGCAUGUUUACGAUUAUAUAAGCUUUUAAGAUAUUAUCCUUGGCGCGAGGAAUUUGAUAUACAGUGUAGGUGUAGGUAACUAAUGCAAGACCUCUUAAGGGCUACUUGGGUACAUCUAGACUAACAACUUUUGUUCUACGACUUUCAAAUAAGACGAUAAUUUUUAUCCAGAAAUAAAAAUUUGUUCGUCAUUUCUAAAAUUAUCUAACUUACAAAGACCACCUGGUAUGGGCGUGCGGCGCAUGCAACUACGGGUGUCGCUGGUGGUGCGGCGGGUAGGGUCAGGGUGUGCACUUGCACGUGCGAGCUUGACCUAAUUUGCGACCCGGUUGGUGUGACGUCCUUCACAAUGCCCUUUUGACACUCUCACGUACGUGUCAUCAUCAUCAUCAGCCGGAAGACGUUCACUGCUGGGUAAAGGCCUCCCCCAAAGAUUUCCACGACGAUCGCUGCUGCGCUGCCCUCAUCCAACGUAUUCCGGCGAUUUUGACUGCGUCUUUUGGUACGUGGUCGCCAUUCGAGGACUUUUCUGCCCCAACGGCCAUCUGUCCAUCCAACUAUGUGCCCUGCCCACUGCCACUUUAGUUUCGCAAUCAUUUGGACGGUGUUGAUAGCUUUGGUUCUCCUACGGAUCUCCUCAUUUCUGAUUUGAUCUCGCAGGGAAACUCCGAGCACAGCCCUCUCCAUUGUCUUCUGAGCGACCACGAGCUUUCUGAUAAGGCCCAUAGUUAGCGACCACGUCUAAGAUAAUGACUACGUCUAAUUUAAGAUUAACAACGUUUUGUUGCAAAUUUUAUAGGCUUUAAUCUUAGAAACUAAAAUAAUACAUAAGUAACAUUUUUAACUUAAAAAAGAUAAAACAAUGAAAAGAGACAUUUUUAGUUUAGUGUAAAAAAGUUCAACUAAAAUGUAUUAUAUGUUAUUUAAUUUUUAAUAUCUGUUAUUGCCUCCUUGGGCUCUGAUUACAGCUUCGAGCCGGUUUGGCAUACUGAACACUAGGUUUCGGAGCCGAUGUUGGGGAAUAUUCUCCCAUUCUUCUACCAGGGCCUGCUUUAGUGCCCUGAGGGUAGUUAGGUGGUGGUCUGCGAUUUGUGACUAGUCUCCCAAGCUCAUCCCAGGUGUGUUCAAUCGGGUUGAGAUCAGGACUUCUUGAUGGCCAAGCCAUCACGCUGAUACCGACCUCCUGAAUAUACUCUUGUACGAUAUGAGCCGUGUGUGGCCGGGCAUUAUCAUGCAUCAGCAUCGAUCCAUCAACCAUAUUUGCUAAAUACGGCCCUGCAUACUCAUUGAGAAUCUCUUGAGCAUAUCUUUGCCCAGUGAGGGUGCCAUUUUCUAUGGCAACUAGCUCUGUGCGACCUUCUGAAGAUAUGCCAGCCCAUACAUGCACACUGCCACCACCGUAUUGGACUCUUUCUGAGAUGCAGGCUUGAAGGUAUCGCUCACCAGGUCGCCUGUAAACACUUCGCCUUAAAUCAGAAGUGUAAAGGGAGAAUCGAGACUCAUCUGCAAACAAAAUUCUUAACCAUUCUUCUUCAUCCCACUGCAUGUGUUCACAGGCGUAUCGCAGUCUCGCUAUUCGAUGCUGUCUCUCGAGUUUUGGGCCACUCGCUGGUCUUCGGGGUUUCAAAUUUGCUUCAGCAAGUCUUCUUCUCACUGUACUGUCACUAAUGUAGUCCCUCCGGGUCUGAAGUAGCUGUUGCUAGACUUCAACUGCAUUUUGUUGGCGAUUUCUUAACACAGUAGAAAUAAUAUAACGAUCUUCUCGGGCACUGGUACACCUGGGUCUGCCAUUACAAGGUCUCCUCAGAUGGUGUCCAGUCUCUUCGUACCUUCGCUUUACCUUCUGGACCGUUCGUACCGUCACACCCACCAUUCUUGCAGUGCGACUCAUACUGAUGCCUAGUUCCAGAAAAGCCAUGAUCCUAGCACAUUCUUCAACUGAAAGAGGCAUGAUAAAUAAAUGUUAUGUACUUUUUAGCAUAAAUUUUUAAAACAAGACCCAUCGAUCUUGAAAAAAAUUUAAAACAGAAAGAAAAAUGUGAAUGGUAAAAUUGUAAUUCGGAAACGUCCACUUUGAAAAAGGAAUGGUUUUGUUUUUGAAGUUUUUUUUCAGCCAAUUCUUAAAAGAAGAUUACCGGCUAUAAUGUUUUUAUGUACAAAAUUAAAUUCUCUUUGGAGUCCUUUUUAUUUCAAAAGUAUAUCUUGUGAACUUAAAACGUUAUCCCAAUUUUAAAAGUGUGAUACUUACUUUUGAAGGCCAGUGUAUAUGUUUAUUCUUGGAGUAACCCAGCACUAUACACUUACACCAUCGUAAAUACACGGUAAAUAACCUGCACGACCGUGCUUUUGGUCCAGUUGAUUUCAUUGCAAAUUAUUUAUGAACAAAAUUUUUUUAUAUCAUCAGAUUAUUUUUUUUAAACCGCCAGUCCUAAGAUUUAAAAAAUACCUUCAACUAUUAUAGUGUCUGUGAAGACCACUGUCGGCUGAGCAAUACAGCCGCAGUUCAGCGGAAUUCUUGCGAAGUGGACUCUAUACAACUAACCUGAUAAAGCUGCACCGCUCACGACACUUAUCCACGAUAAUUUGCGGGCGGGGCAUGUUCAAUUGGUAUCAAAUGCGUGCGCACCGUGAAGGCAUCGGCAAAGAACUGGUUCGGUCCUUCAAAAUGGCGCGGUGCAGCGAAGUGGGAAAGAGAGUCCGUGAUAGUAGAAGGACUAGGAUAGAUAGAUAGUGGCGAUAACAGUGUUUUCAAUGAUAGGGGGUUCCAUAAAAUAUAAAGUAUUUGGUGGGUGUUCCUGUAUUUAUCUCCAUCUUUUUCCACCUACUAGACAUAAAUAACAAAGUAUACCUGAAUCUACGAAUGCCUACGAUACAAUGACUAAAACUUUGUCCUCGUGGUCCCCAUAAAAAUGUGCGUAUCUACGAAUUUAUGCAUGCAAGAACUAUUUAAUUCUCGUCUAUUGGCUGUGGUUCAGUAGAAAUGAGUUCCAAGAGGCUUAUGGUAGCUGAAGUAUGAUACAAAUGGUCUAAUUGACCAGCUAUCGUCAGGGUGUCGGUGUGCAUCGUAAAAAUUCAUUCAGACAAUUUUUCCCCAACACGCUAAAAGAAGUAUAAGUUAUAACUUCAAAAUAGGCUAUGUUUGUACAUUUCGACACAAAUUGUAGAACAAGUCAUAUCUUGUUGUAUCUAAGCUGUUGCCUUAUAUAAUUCGUCCGAGUAAAUAAAGGGUUUUUUAAAAAUAAUAAGAAAGUUUGAAGAUUAUCUCAUGUCCUAUUCCAGUUCCGGUUCGCGUUUUCGCUCUCGUUCCCAACAUAUUAAAUGAAUGUUAUUUCGAGGAAGAUUGCUAUAGCUCAUCGACGUGAAUUUCUGUUUUUCAUAAAUCCGGGAUUUUUCCGGUAUAAAAUGUAGCCUAUGUCUUUUCCCAAGCUUUAGACUUUCGUUGUACCAAAUUUCACCAGAAUCGGUUCUAAAGAAACUAACAUUCAUAUUUGUAACAUUAGUAGGGAUAAGGUCUUGCAUUAGUCACCAUUAAGCUGUACGUACACGGUUCAAAGAUUACACAGUAAUUUUUAUAGUAUACAGUAUAAUAUAGUAUCUUGUAUUUAUACAUUGGAAUAAAACUUAUAACGAAUUUAUAUUUCGUAAGGUUUGUUUGUUGCGGACAGAGCAGCGGUCAUGCUCAAUGAUGUUGGAAUGUUCUAGAUGUGUGGAAUAUGAUCUGAGUACGGUAGAAUAAGUUUUAUUGCAAUGGUCUGUGUGGUAAAUGUUUUCAUAAUAAAAUGUUUGAAAUGGA